AUGUUUAGAACUAUUAUAUUUAUUGCAUUCUUUAGUCUAACAUUGGCCGCCAGUAUAACCAACGACAAAGCUGACAAGUUUGUGCACAUCUUAAGGCAGGGUGAGGAAAAGACAGAAGAUGGUUCAUUUACAUACUACUACGAAGGGGCUGAUGGAGCAAAACGUCAAGAGGUGGGAAUUGUUAAAAAUGCUGGCACUGAAGAAGAAACCUUGGUAAUUAAGGGUUCAUAUAGUUAUUUUGAUGAAAAUGCUAAUGAGGUAAUUGUAGAAUAUAUUGCCGAUGAAAAUGGUUUCCAACCGCAAGGCACACAUAUACCACAAGUUAUAUCCCAGGCCGCUCAUGAUGCUGCUGAACGUUCUGCUCGUUUACAAAAUACAACAAGUAGCCGUAUGUAAAAAUUAAUUAAAAUUUCUGAUAGGUGUAUAAAUUUAAGUACUUAUUUAAAAAUAAA